GUCGUUGCAAAUUCGGUGCCGUAAUGAGGUAUAACAUCCGGUCCGGACUCACACGGCGCUUCAUUGAAUCUCUUUCUUUCCUGUUCAUCGCAUAUACAUUUAUCACUUUUCUUCGUACUCACCACAGUCAGCUUUCGACAUGUCAAACCCUCCUGCUUAUACGCCGACUAGCAUCCAAAACCCGUCCAACGUAGAAUCUCCUAAGCCACAGAUACACAUACAGCCUCCGCAAUCAGCGGUGCAGCCACAACCUUUCGUGCAACCUCCUCCUGUAACUUUACCUCAACCUCAGAUGCUCCCGCCACAUGUUAUGAGUGUCGAACAAGCAGGAGAACAGUAUAGGACUCAGCUAUUCGCCCAAUGUGCUCAGGGCAUUCAUGACCCAGACACAAAGUACGGCGUAUGUGGGAUCAUAACCGCCGUUGUCUGCUUCCCAAUCGGCCUCAUAUGCCUGUUGUACGUCAAUUGAGAUUGAAAUUCACCCCAUCUUAGCUCGUAUUCAUUCAAGCUGUGUUACUUUUCAGUACCGAUACGGAACAGCGAUGCCACAGGUGUGGAGUUCGCUUGGACAAGUAAUCUUCAUAUACACAGCUUUGGCCCCACCGCUUUUCCGCGAUUCACUUACGGUAAAAUGUAAUCACUGUAUCCCUU